AUGGGUAAAUCAGCAAGCCCCGAAAAGGGUAAACAAACCACCAAAAAGCGCAAAGCACCCUCAUCUGCCACCAUCUCCGCGAUGCCAACCAAGAAGCUCAAACCUGCCGCGAGCGGCUUGUCCGAGGCGCCCCUCCCGCCACCGCCAGCUCCGAUUCCCAUUCCGACCCGGACCGCAGUCACAAACGCCCUGAGCGAAACACACCAGUCCGUUCUCGCCGUCCUAAAACCGAAAUAUGACGUUCUCCCAGCCCUCACCAUCUCCUCGACCAAAAUCCACAAGCGCGUCGUCCGCUCCCUGGAUCAUCUGCGCAGAGACACAGGCGACCCUCGACCCGCCGUCGUACUGCUCCACGCCCGGCCCCGGGAAGUCUGCAAGAUGAUCACCAUUGCGGAGCAAGUGAAGCGGGCACUGCUCGCUGCGCCGGGCCCCGAGCCGGGGAGAUGGUUCCAAUACAACAUGCUGUAUGCAGUGCCGCCCAAGCGGAAGGCGCCCGACGUCGUAGACGAGACAGUAUUGGGUGGACAGCGGGCCGGGGACGACGAUCGCACAGAAGAACACGAGGACGGCAACGAGGAGGAUGACGACGCCGACGAUUACUUUGAAGCGUUGGAUAGUCGGUUCCAGAAGGCCGUCGUCCCGGAGCGCUCGCGUCAGCAUAUGUCAUUGAGCAUAUUCCUUUCCCGAGUGCCGAUACCGGAAUUGAAAAGCAGAGACGGCGUCUCUGUGCAAGUGAGCGAGGUACCAGGCGACCCAGGCAGGCAGGCCGAGGUAUAA